AUGCAGCUAUUUUCACAUCUACAAGUUGAAAAUACGGGAGCACCACGGAAAUGCUUGAUACCUUUCUUCCACAUCGGGGAAGGAAGGCCCAUCAACCGGGCUGUGCAGAUAGAGUUUUCAAUUAUCGCAAUAGAAGGCUAUCGCGGUGCAGAGGACCUCAGCACGGCCAAACUUCCUCUACUUAACGCUGCAUAA